AGGAGGGUGCGGUGGUGGUGUAGGUGGUGUAGGUGGUGGUGGUGUUGGUGUCACGGCACCGAGCCUGAUAAACGUCUGUGGACCACCCGGAACAUCCCUUGCACCGCCGACGGAUUACGCGACGGCUGCGGCUGCGGCUGCGGCGGCAGCGGCAGCGGCGGCUGCAGCAGCAGCGGUAUGUUAUCCCACGGGAUCAACGCUCCCACUUUCUACGUCGCAACAACACCCACAAUCACAUGUCGUUGAUACCACGAUGACACCAACGUCAGCACCUGUGCCGACCCCGACUUCGGCGUCGGGUCCUAACAAUCCUGUCGCCAUGAGCCAACUCGGGACCGUCUAUGCUACCAAAAGAAGACGACGUAACGGCAAGAGUUUGAAACCACCCCAAAAGGAUGGCGUGACAAAGUCGAAUCCGAGUAAACGGCACAGAGAACGAUUGAACGCCGAACUGGAUACACUGGCUUCGUUACUUCCGUUCGAACAAAAUAUUCUAAGCAAGCUCGAUCGACUCAGCAUCCUCAGGCUCAGCGUUAGUUAUCUUCGCACGAAAAGCUACUUUCAAGUGGUGAUGCACAAGGACAAAGAAGAAAAUUCGCAUCACGAUUCGCACUACCGUGCACGUGAGUUGGCUGCCCUAGCUGCAUACGACCAUCAUCACCUUGACGGCGAAAUGUUCCUACAGGCAUUGAACGGUUUUCUGCUGAUAUUAACUUGCGACGGGGAGGUUUUCUUCGCUACUCACAGCAUAGAGAGUUACCUUGGCUUUCAUCAGUCAGAUAUCGUUCAUCAAAGCGUUUACGAGUUGGUGCAUAGCGAAGAUCGAGAAGAACUACAGAGACAAUUAAUGUGGAAUUCGUUUUUACCUGCUGAAAAUGCUAAUUUACCGCUUCACGAUGCACUCUCACCCCAACACAGUCAUCUUCUUGAGCGUAGUUUUACCGUCCGCUUCCGUUGUCUUUUGGACAAUACAUCGGGAUUUUUGCGCUUGGAUAUCAGGGGACGAGUUAAAGUACUUCACGGACAAAAUAGAAAAACCGAAGAGCCGCCAUUGGCAUUAUUUGCCUUGUGUAUACCAUUCGGGCCACCCUCGCUUUUGGAAGUACCACAGAAAGAAGUCAUGUUUAAGAGCAAACACAAAUUAGAUCUUGGACUGGUAUCGAUGGAUCAACGAGGGAAAAUGCUUUUAGGAUAUACGGACGUUGAACUUGCCAAUUUGGGUGGUUACGAUCUCGUUCAUUACGAUGAUCUAGCUUAUGUAGCUAGUGCUCAUCAAGAAUUAUUAAAAACGGGAGCAUCUGGAAUGAUAGCAUAUAGAUUCCAAACGAAAGACGGUGGAUGGCAAUGGUUGCAGACUAGUUCUAGGCUGGUAUAUAAAAAUUCAAAGCCAGAUUUUGUAAUAAGCACUCAUCGCCCAUUGAUGGAAGAAGAAGGAAGAGAUUUGUUGGGCAAGCGAACCAUGGACUUCAAAGUGAGCUACCUGGACGCUGGUUUAACCAACAGUUACUUCUCCGACAGUGAUAGUUUAACGGGUUCCGUCAUGACACCUACGCUUCCGACUCAAUCAACGCCACAAAGGGUGAACAGAAGAUACAAAACUCAAUUGCGCGACUUCCUUUCGACGUGCCGGAGUAAAAGGACUAAACUCUCAGCACAAUCCUCGGUAUCACCCCCAGCUACACCUACGAUGGCGUCCGUGGAUUAUCUCACGGCCGAUAGUAGUGCCGCGGCCGCGGUCGCUGCGGCUUACAGUAAUCUAAACACGAUGUAUCCUACACCUUACGCACCAACGGCCGUAGCUGCGAGCGCCGAUCCAUCGUUGACUACUUACAUCGGUCAUACGAGUAAUUACCAUCAAACGCUCUAUCCAGCCAGUGCGCUGGAUAACAGGUACCUUACCGCAGCUACGGAGAAUCUCUUUCAAUACAGGCCACUUGGCUCGUACUAUCCAGAAUAUCACACGAGUACACCGUACAAUGGCUUCAUUGACGUAUCCCUACCGACCUACGAGACCCAUCAACUAACUAGCAAAACGGAGGAAAAGCUGUAUUGUCAGCAACUUGGUAGCGGUGAAUCACCCAAGUACAACUACGUCGAGGCAAGUAGACAUCCGAGUAGCGUGAGUGGUUCCCCUUACGCGGCCAGUCCGGUCGCCAGUGCGUCGACGAUGCACGUUACGACGGCAGACAUCAACGUCGCUCGCGCCGGAAGCAGGCACUCGCUCGAAGGCGGUGCCUCCUCCAGCAACUCGGCCGGAAGUUCACCGGUUACCGGAACAACCAACGGAGUUCUUACUCCGAAAAUGGAGGACGUUAAGCCAGAAGUAUACGGAAAUGAGGCGCCACGGCAAACGGUUCUCAUGUGGGGAGCUCCUCCUUCUCGUACACCACCGAGAAACAAUGGUAGCUACAGCCCACCAACGCCUCAUUCGACGCAUUCCUCUACGCACUCGACGAACGCUCCGAAUACUGGCGAUCCUUUGAAGUCUCUCGCGGAGAUG